GUGGAUGGGUUAGUUUUUAUUGUUAAAUCAGUUGUUUUUAUAAUUCCGGUGUUGUUAGCAGUGGCUUUGUUAACUUUAGUAGAGCGGAAGGUUCUUGGUUAUAUGCAGUUUCGUAAGGGGCCUAAUGUAGUGGGGCCGUUUGGUCUGUUGCAACCUUUAGCAGACGGGUUCAAGUUGCUUAUAAAGGAGACUUUAAAGCCUUCUAAAGCUUCGCCUUAUUUGUUUUUUUUGUCCCCCAUCCUCUUUUUAAGGAUUGCGCUUUUUUUGUGGUCACUUAUUCCAGUUGGUUUUUGUGUGCUGGAAGUUAAACUAUCGCUCGUUUUGGUGAUGGGGUUGUCUAGGCUAUCUGUUUAUGCUUUGUUAGGGUCGGGUUGGGCAUCUAAUUCAAAUUAUUCCUUUUUAGGAGCUGUUCGGGCUGUUGCUCAAACGGUCUCUUACGAGAUAAGUCUAGGGCUGAUUUUGUUAGGGGUGGUGGUAUUUUCGGGAGGCUUUAGCCUUAGGGUGAUUGAAAAAAGUCAGGGAGGUUCCUGGUUGGUCUUUUGUUGUUCACCUUUGUUUGUAGUCUGAUUUGUUUCUACUUUGGCAGAGACAAAUCGUGCUCCUUUUGAUCUAACGGAGGGGGAGUCAGAGAUUGUUUCAGGGUAUAAAGUAGAAUAUGCUGGGGGGCCUUUUGCUAUGUUCUUUAUAGCAGAAUACGGGAAAAUAAUUUUUAUGAACCUUCUUUCGGUGGUCUUGUUUUUUGGGGGUUCAAGCCCCUUUGGGGGUGUUUUUCCUAUGGGGGUUCUGAUAGUGAGGGUUAAGACUGUAUUUCUGGUUGUUCUGUUUUUAUGGGUUCGGGCGUCUUACCCACGGUUUCGGUAUGAUCAUUUGAUGUAUUUAACUUGGAAGAAGUAUUUACCCUUCAGUUUGGGGGUGUUGGUAUUUUAUAGGGUGUUGCUGGUUUCCGUUGAUAUUUUGCCUCCCAGCUUGGUUUUGGUAUAG